ACACUUGGGAAUUCCGUACACCAAAGCGUCCCCCGUCUCCCUAAUUCUCAUCCAGGUUCAUCUCUCUCAAUCUCUCUCUCCAGUAUAUAUAUAACUCUCUCACUCUCCUUCGAGCUCUAUUGGAAACGUCUGUAUCAUCUUCAUCUCCAACCCUCUCUCACUGAUCUCAACUUCUUUUCUUCAACUUUAAAGUGCUUUAUCCCCCAAACACUUCAAAUCCCCCAGUGUUCGCAUGGCUGAUCCAAUUCUCCCCCCACACCUACUACAACUACCAAAACAACAACAACAACAACAACAACAACUCGAUUUCAAUCAAUCAAAAACCCAAGACACCAACAACAAACAACAACAAUCGGACAACGAUUAUUAUGAAUUUACCCUUUUAGGACAACCCAUGUCUUUCAAUGCCAAAAAACGAUCUCAGAUUUCCCCCAAUUCAUGCCCUUCCAAAAGGGUUUUGACCGAACCCUUAAUGGAGCUGAGGCGAGCCAUGGUGCGGAAUUGGGGCAACGAACCUCUCUGUGUUGCUGACCCACAUGUGUUUGGCAUUAUGGAGAUGGAAAAGGAGAGGCAAUUCAAGGGAAUUGAAUUGAUUGCUUCGGAGAAUUUUGUUUGCCGGGCUGUUAUGGAAGCUCUGGGAAGUCACUUGAUGAAUAAGUAUUCCGAAGGAAUGCCUGGUUCGCGAAACUACGGAGGUAAUCAGUACAUUGAUCAGCUUGAAUUUCUCUGUAUCAAUCGUGCUUUAGCUGCUUUUGGGCUUCAUUCUGAGAAAUGGGGUGUCAAUGUUCAGCCAUAUUCAUGUACAUCUGCUAAUUUUGCUGUAUAUACUGGUCUUUUGGUUCCCAAAGAUAGGAUUAUGGGAUUAGAUUCGCCGUCUGGUGGGCAUUUGAGCCAUGGGUAUUAUACACCGAAUAGGAAGAAAGUUUCAUGUGCUUCGAUAUUCUUUGAGACUUUGUCUUAUAAGGUUAACCCACAAACUGGGUAUAUUGAUUAUGAUAAGCUUGAGGAAAAGGCAAUUGAUUUUCGUCCCAAAUUACUGAUUUGUGGUGGGAGUUCGUACCCAAGGGAAUGGGAUUAUGCAAGGUUUAGGCUGAUUGCGGAUAAAUGUGGGGCAGUUUUGAUGUGCGAUAUGGCUCACAUUAGUGGUCUUGUAGCAGCAAAGGAAUGUGCAAGUCCCUUUGAUUAUUGUGAUAUUGUAACCUCAACAACUCACAAAAGUCUUCGAGGUCCUAGGGGAGGAGUCAUCUUUUAUAGGAAAGGCCUAAAAUUAAGGAAGCAAAUCAUGCUUCCUGGUCAAGGAGAUGACAAUAACUUCUAUGAUUUCGAAGAAAGGAUAAACUUUGCUGUGUUCCCUUCAUUGCAAGGAGGGCCCCACAAUAAUCACAUUGCUGCUCUUGCUAUUGCCUUAAAACAAGUGGCUACUCCGGAAUACAAAGCAUAUAUCCAACAGGUGAAGAAAAAUGCUCAGGCUUUAGCAUCUGCUUUGAUGAAACGAAAUUGUAGGUUGGUGACUGGAGGUACAGACAACCAUUUAUUGCUUUGGGAUCUAACAACUAUAGGGUUAACAGGUAAAAACUAUGAGAAGGUCUGUGAGCUGUGCCACAUCUCUCUUAACAAAACUGCUAUAUUCGGUGGAAAUGGUGCUUUUUCUCCUGGAGGUGUAAGGAUUGGUACACCUGCUAUGACAUCAAGAGGUUGUAUAGAGGCUGAUUUUGAAAAGAUUGCAGAUUUCCUCCUUAAAGCAGCUCAAAUUGCAAGUGCAGUGCAAUGGGUACAUGGAAAGUUGCAGAAAGAAUUCAUGAAAGGUCUGCAGAACAACAAAAAUAUUGUUGAGCUCCGAAUCCAGGUUGAGACAUUUGCUUCCCAGUUUGCAUUGCCAGGAUUUGACAUUUGAACACAGAUGGUGAGGCUGCUGGCAAAUAUUGUCAACAUCAUAAUCUAACUUCUUUGGCUUGUCAACCCUUUAACAUGGUAACCUAUAUCUGUAUUCCCUUCCAUACCCUCUUUGUUUCCCUUUUUUUUGGAUUGUCUCUUUGUUUCCCAGUCUCCUAUAAAUAAUGGAAAAUGUUUCAAAACAUAGGUGUAUGACAUCGAAAGUUCAAAAAUUAUCUGAUACCCAAUCUGUCUAGCAGUCGCACAAAAAAAGAAAAAGUCCUGCAGUCUACGAAACCAAACUAAACAAACUAAGCCUUGUGUCUUAGUCAAGUGGGGUCAGCUACACGAAUCAUUUUGCAUCAUUCAGCUCUAUCUAGGGCUAUAUGAUCAGUUAAAUUAAGUAAGUUCAUAUCUUUUUUCACUACCUCAUCUCAUGUCAGCAUAGGUCUUCUAUGAUCUUCAUUUAUGGUGAUCAUAUCACUCUCUUUCUCACUGUUGCAUAUUCUCUUUCAAUUUACCUUUGCUAGGUGCUACUCCUAUUUCAUAAAUAUAUUAAUUUGUAAUUCUAGGUUUCUAUUCUUACCACACAUCUUUUUUUUAAUUUUUAAUUUUUUUUUAUAACAUUUUUCUUACCCCACACACACAUCCAUCUAUGGAUUCACAUCUAAGCUACACUCAUUUUUAGCCCAUGUUGUCUCCCUGUCUCGUAAAGCAUCGCUAGCCUUAUAACUAUUCUACAAAAAAGUCUGGCAGUUUGUUUUGUAUUAUACAGAACAGUUUCACUCGCAUUCUGUUUCUCUUUCUUUCUCGCUUUAUUAUUAUUUUUGUUUGUUUUUAUGUAUGUCACGAAAUUAUUUGGACUGCUAUUCUGGUUAUGUGAAAACUUGGUAAGAACUUUGUAUAAUGAGAUAGAUCAGGAAACUUUAAUCCUGAGCUGUGUGAAUGUAGUUCUGUUCUGGUUGUGUUGUGUCAUAGAGAGUAAUUUGUAUUUUGAUCUGGAUUUCCAAUUUCAUAAUUGGCAAUUGCUGUUAGUCCAA